CCCAUCUCUCUCCAUUCCUCUCAUAGUCUCAUGUAAAAAAACCCAUCGAAGAAAAUAAGAAGUGCCCUUUUUCAUUCUCUCUUUCUUCAUCUUCCUCAGUAGGCACAUUGGAAUCGAAAAUUUUCCCUCUUUUUUUGUUUUUUCAUCAAUUCUUUGUUGCAAUCACAUUUCUGAAGAACCCAGAAUCCAAAGAUUGGAUCUUUUUUAUUACAGCGAGCAAUCAUAUGGUGCACAUUUUCCCAAAGGUUUGAACUUUUUGGGUUCUCGUUUCAAAUUUUGUCGGGGGGUUUUGGUUUCCCCUGUAUGAAAAUGGACCCAGAAAACAUGGAGAUUGUUCCACCGUCGGAUUUGAUGGACGACGACGAGAUCCACGGCCGUCCUCGCCAGUUAUAUACAGUUCCAAAGCCUCACAACAAUGGCAAUAACGUUCCGGGAACCACCAGUGUUCAUGAGCUUCUUGAAUGUCCUGUUUGCACAAAUUCAAUGUACCCUCCAAUCCAUCAGUGCCAUAACGGGCAUACCCUUUGUUCCACCUGUAAAACAAGAGUGCAUAAUCGGUGCCCAACUUGUAGACAGGAGCUUGGUGACAUAAGGUGUUUAGCACUGGAGAAGGUAGCUGAAUCACUUGAACUGCCUUGCAAGUACUGCUCGCUUGGGUGCCCGGAGAUAUUCCCAUAUUACAGUAAACUGAAACAUGAGGCUGUCUGUAACUUCAGACCAUACAACUGUCCUUAUGCUGGAUCAGACUGCUCUGUUGUUGGGGAUAUUCCAUUCCUUGUUGCUCAUCUACGGGAUGACCACAAGGUGGACAUGCAUUCUGGAUGUACUUUUAACCAUCGUUACGUUAAGUCUAAUCCCCGCGAAGUAGAAAAUGCCACAUGGAUGUUAACUGUUUUCCACUGCUUUGGUCAGUACUUCUGUCUCCAUUUUGAAGCAUUCCAGCUCGGUAUGGCUCCUGUUUACAUGGCAUUUCUACGUUUCAUGGGGGAUGAAACAGAAGCUCGGAACUACACCUACAGCCUUGAGGUUGGAGGAAAUGGCCGAAAGAUCAUAUGGGAAGGAAAUCCAAGAAGCAUAAGGGAUAGCCACAAGAAGGUUAGGGACAGCCAUGAUGGCCUCAUAAUACAGCGCAACAUGGCGCUUUUCUUCUCUGGUGGGGAUAGGAAAGAGCUGAAGCUGCGAGUUACAGGACGGAUAUGGAAGGAACAGCAGAACCCAGAAGGCGGUGCCUGCAUCAUACCUCUCUGUAGUUAGUUCUCGAUUAUCCCUUUCACUCGUGUGCUAAAACAUUAUCUUAAUGUUAUUAGUGAAUGUAGAUGCUAAAGGAUUCUUUCUCUAUUUAUGAAGUUUCAAUUCUGGAGGCUUCACUUUCCAAAUGUAGUAUAUUAAAGCUUCCAGUUUCCUUGUA